UCGCGUCUCGGCUUCGUGCGCAGUGCAUUACAGAGAGAGAGAGAGAGACUACAUGGACAACUGCCACACGCGUCUGCGCUUUUAACGAUUAGAACACUUCAAACAGAACUUGCUUACAGGAAAUGCCUGCUAGAUUCUCCGAGCGGUUCAAUCACCUCUAAUGCAUCAAGAGAGCUGAGCCUUAGUAGAAUUUCGCAAGUCGGAAGGAAGAGUCAAGGCAUCUGAGACUCUAGCGGCUGAGAACGAUGCUGGGUCUAACGCAUUUCAAAUUAACAACACUUGUGUUGCUGCCCUGUGUGCUGUCGUUCAACGUGGAUGAGAAGAAUGGCUUAUCGUUCAGUGGACCGGUGGAUGACAUGUUCGGCUACUCCGUCCAGCAGUUUGAAAACAGCGAGGGCAAAUGGGUUCUGAUUGGCUCUCCUCUGACCGGUCAGCCAACCAGGAGGACCGGAGAUGUGUACAAGUGUCCAGUAGGGAGAGGGAACCGCACCUGUAUCAAGCUGGAGCUGCCUAAAUAUACCACCAUACCCAACCUACGGGAAGGUUAUGAUGUGCAGUCAGCCAACAGUCGUGAUGGUGUGUUGUUCAUAACGGGAGCACCCAGACACAACCACACCGGCAGGGUCAUCAUCUAUCGCCUGGAGGGCGGCAAUGUCACCAUCACUCAGGUCCUGAAGGGAGAACAGAUCGGGUCGUAUUUUGGCAGCGUGCUUCAGACUGUGGAUGUAGACAAGGACUCGUACACGGACCUGCUGCUGGUUGGAGCUCCCUUGUUCAUGGGCCCUGACAGAGAUGAACAAGGACACGUCUACAUUUACCAACUCAACCAGGAGGGGAUGUUUGAGCACCAGACCACCUUGAAGCCUGUCAAUCAGACGUGCUGCACCGCCCACACCCAGAGUUGCACCAAUAAGAAUGAGCCGUGUGGCGCCCGUUUCGGCACGGCAAUUGCUGCGGUGACGGAUCUCAACCAGGACGGCUUCAAUGACGUGGUGAUCGGUGCACCGCUGGAGAAUGACCACCGGGGGGCGGUGUACAUAUACCACGGUGAAGGACGCAACCUCAAGGAGAAAUAUGUCCAGCGCAUUGCGGCAGGGGGAGACGGGGAGAAGAUGAAAUUCUUUGGCCAGUCCAUCCAUGGGGUCAUGGACCUGAACGGAGAUGGCAUUACUGACGUCACCAUCGGAGGGCUGGGAGGAGCUUCUCUCUUCUGGUCCAGAGACGUGGCAGAGCUGCGCAGCAACAUGACCUUCAAUCCCUCCAAGGUCAACAUGCAGCAGGACACCUGUGAGGUGAACGGCUUGAAGACAGUGUGUGUGGACAUCAAGGUGUGUUUCAGCUACUCGGUGAAGUCUGAGGCCACACCCUCUAGCAACGGGACAGGCAUAAGCUACUGGUUGACGCUGGAUGUCCGGCGGGCCAAGCCGCGGGCGCUGUUCACCGUGGGCGAGCGCAGGCUGCAGAAUAUGACCACCAUAAGGGACAAUGCAUGCUGGGAGCAUCGAUUCACCAUGUUGGACAAGAAGAGGGUGGAUUUCCGGGACCCCAUGAUGGUGUCUCUGGAGUUUGGGUUGACAGAGAAGGACGUGGGGCCAGUAUUGGAUGGAGACCUGCCCACCUUCAACAAUAAAACUAUACCCCUAGUGGAUUGUGGAAGUGACAACAAGUGUAUUGCUGACCUCUCCCUCACAGCCAAAUCAAGUGUUACCAGCCUGGUGAUCAAAGCCAACAAGGAGAAGUUCCACGUGCUGAUCACCACCCGGAACAGCCAGGACAAUGCUUACAACACCAAGGUCACACUCAGCUUCACAGAGAACAUCAAUUACGUCAAGGUGGAGCCUAAAGAGAAGUCUGACUGCAGUCUGAAUGGCAGCAGGGUGGAAUGUGCCGUGGGCUACCCCUUCCUCCAGAGCAACACUGAGGAGACGUUCAAGAUCCUAUUUGAGGUGAACCCUGCUUACGUGCAGAAGGAGAUUAUCAUCAACGUUACCGCUGCCAGUGACAGCGACGAGCUGAACUCAACGCUCAAUGACAACUAUGUCAGGAUCUCCAUUCCAGUUCAGUAUGAGGCUGGACUUAGGUUUACGGCACUUCCCAAGGAGCAUCACAUCUCUGUAAAAAAGAGAGAGCAGCACCCUUCAGUCUUCAACCAUACCAGCAUGAUAGGAGAAGAGGUCAAGAUCAGCUACACGAUAGAGAAGGUGGCUGAGAUGGACACCCCUCCUCUGAGACUGAAGGUGACCUACCCUCACCUGUCCACCCUGAAGAACAUCCUGCUCUACCUCACACACGUCACCUCCACGCCCAAGACGGUGACGUGCGAGGCUGGAGCUCUGAUCAAUCCUUUAGGCGUCAGCCCCACCAAGCUGUACACGGCCAACCCCAAGACGGAGACCCUCAGUACCAACCUGCUGGACUGUACGGACCAACUUAGCUGUAACUCUUUCUACUGCUCAGUGCCUCAGGCCAACUUUAGCCAGAUCAACGUCACCUUCAGGGUCUGGAAGCCCACCUUCAUAAAGGCAGAGUACUCCAGCCUGCACAUGUCGGUCCACGCCACCCUGGAGAACCUCAACACAGACCUGUUCAUCUUGAGUGCCAAUCACACAGCCGUGACUAUCCAAGUGAGCAAGGAGGCUCUGGGAGGAAUCCCCUGGUGGGUCAUCCUGCUGAGCAUCCUGAUUGGUCUGCUCAUCCUAGCGCUGGUCAUCUUUGCUCUCUGGAAGGCUGGCUUCUUCAAAAGAAAAAGCAUGGAGGACAUGAAGGAGGACAUGAAGGAUUAACCACUGUUUCCAUGGUAACCCAUGGUAACUCCAGCCGGCAGCAGCUAUGUGCCCCACCCAUGCUACAACCACACGGUCACCUGGCCCCCUACCAAAACAGGAUAUGGGUUGGAAAACAUUGACAUAUAAGAAGGAACUUACUGACACGAUGCAGUUAUGGAUUGUCUUUUUACUGUGCCACCACCCCUCCAGACUGUUGGCGAUACACCCUCUGUAUGAUCACUUUCCUAAGAGUGGUGAGGGCAGACAAGAGGCUGCUGCUUGGUUACCUUGGGUCACACAUCCUGGAACACAUGUCCUGGACCCACUGCACACCCGUAGCCUGUAAUAUGACCAACCUGACCACUCUUGUGACGCAUAAGAGUCAUAGAAACAUAUGUCUCAGGUUAUCAGCAGUAAUGUUUGAGUCUUAACAAGUGGCUCCACAUUUUCACUCUAUUGGGGCAAAUUCUUCAUUUAGCUUUUAUUGUUUUUUUUAUUGUGUUACCUGUACAAUGGCACAUUCCCUGUCUGAUAUUUUGUUUUAUCAUAAUCUUCCCUAUCCUCACAUUCUGCUUUGACACUGAUAUUUUCAUUUGCGUGUUGGUUUCCUAACCCUGCAGGUACAGUCCAAAGAGUGUUGCAACACUUAACGGUGGAACAAAAGGGGGAUGGUCUUGGUUAAUGUUCCAACCAAAUAGGAAGAAAAACUGGCAUUCCUUCAGCUCUCAUUGAAUAUGCAUGGACUUUGGGCUGCAUCUUUUGAAAGAAACCAUUUUAUUGUACUGUAAUUGUAAAUGUAAAGCCUUAAACUGUACAUAGUUAUGUUUGCUGUACUUCUUGUAAUUUAAGACAAACCAGUAUUAUCUACACAGCCUUGCAAGAGAGAAGAACUAUCUCUCUAAGAUUCUCAGGUGAUGUUUGUCAUUGUCAAUAAUAUGAAGUCUUCACAGUCUGAAUUAGGAAGAGUUUGAUAAAUAAUUGUAUUAUUACUAAACAUAAUGAAAAUAUGUAAAUAUUGUUCUUAUAUUUGGAUCAAAAUUGAAAUGUAUAAACAUGCAUAGGAACUGCAUUACAUUUUCUGCCAAUA